AUGUCGGGAAUUCACAGAGACCUAGAAGCUGCAGAGACGGAAAGGCAAAACACAGCGGUAACGGCACCGCCGGAUUUGAACUUCAUCCCGAAGCUUGCUACGACGGACGACGCGUCUAAGGCGGAGGCGAAUAUUGAAGUCACAAAGGACACCGACAAUCCAUCAGGUACCACUGACAAUGAUGUGCUGGCAGAUUGGGAGCGGGAACCCUAUCAGUACAGCUGCCACCAAAAGAGCAAGGCUUCAGACACGCGAUACGAGCGCGUCAAGAAGAAGUUCACGGCUCAAUUUGGCCGCAAUCGUGGAGUAAGGUUGACGCCUCCCAUGUACCGAAAACAUGAGGACAUCGCUCGUGAGAACAUGGCGGGGAACUUUUUCAAGGUUUUAGCCAAUGAGUGCAUGGAACAGCUAUACGAUGAUAAUCCCAAUGGCAAGUUUGGUUCCAUUGGCGUGUUGUCGUUUGCGAGGCUGCAUCACAUGAAUUUGCACUAUUUUGAAGCGGAUUUGGCGGCCGAGCUGGCUGCGGUUAUAAAGAAGAAGGAUACGGAUAGGCGGCAGAUGAUGCGGAUCCGGAAGAAACUACGGAAUUACAGCGCAGCUAUCACGGAUUACGAGCGUGUGUUAAACAACUGGCACCAGCCUUUGAAGGGAAAUCUGACAGCUUUCCACAAAAGCAUCCUCCCGGAAGCCUUCAGAAACCUCAUCCGAUCCGAAAAGGACUGCGCCUGGGACAACGCAUAUAUUCCACUCGCGUCGGGGAACCCGUGGGCGGCCAGCUUCGUCAGUAGAGUGGGAGCAGCACUGUUUGGAGGCCUCGCGCUUGUUGUGCCAAUGCUUAUCAUGGGCGUGAAUAAUGCUUCCACUAAAAAUUUAGUUACAACCUCCGUUGCUGUUCUUCUAGUCGCUAUCAGUCUCUCAUCAGUGUCACUUGGUUCAUGGCGAGAUGUUCUAGGCAUCACGGCUGCGUACGCAGCAGUUCUUAUCGUCUUUGUUGGGACGAGCACCCCACAGCCAACUAGUCAAGGGGAAGAACAGAGCUGA